AGAGCAAUAACUGAUGAAAAUAAUAAAUAAGACUUAAUGGUAAUGCUAGUGAGGGUAUACACAUUUUGUCCACUACACCAUUCAUGUACUUAAUGAUAAUUAAUGUCACUAUGUUAAUUAGGGGGGGGGGAAUGUUGACAAGCUGCUGGCUUCCUGUCCUCGUCUGGGCCGCUAGUGUAUUAGUGGCCUGCAGUUAAAUUCAGCUAGGAAAAUGACUCUAAAGAGGAAGUUAUGUGAGAUGAACGAUGUAGACUGGGAUAGAACGGAGGAGGCAGGCAGCAAUAUUUCCUUACAGUCCUCUAUGGAUACUGAAGGCUCUCCAUAUUAUGCUAUGGAGAACAGUCAAGAGGAAGCUAUUGACGAUCCCGCUGCUAAUUCCGUAGGAGACCAAAGUACUACAGAGACUAGUGAGUCGGCCGAGCCGAAGAAGAAGCCCACCAAGAAAAAGAAAAUAUCGGCUGCAAUGGUGCAGCAACAGAUGAGCUUAAAUUGUGAGUGGAACAUGUGUUCAGCCGUGUAUAAGAAGAUGGAGCAGUUUGUGUCGCAUGUUGCCGAUCAUCUUGCUGCAGAAACAGGACCUCCAUCAGGCGAUGGGUAUCUUUGUCAUUGGAGAGAAUGCUGGUUUGCAUGUAGCACAAAGGAGGAGCGUUACCGCCAUGUCUACUUUCAUGCUUUCCAUGCCAAGGUCAAGAGCAUUGGUGCAGUUCUGAUGGAAGAAAGACACAAAGAGUGCAUUUUGGAUUCUAGUGGUCGUAACAUGGUACCCGAGAUUCCGGAGCCAUUUCAGUGCAUGUGGGAGGAUUGCGUAUUAAGAUUUGUCUCGGCGCAAGAUUUCUAUUGGCAUGUUCUAGGCCAUGUACGAUGCACGGAUCCUACUACCAGUACGAAGGCAUUUGUGUGUAGCUGGGAAGGGUGUACGGCAACCUUUCGCCAUAAAAUACGACUUGGUGAUCAUACUCGCAGUCACACCCAGGAGAAAAUUGUAGGCUGCCCUAAUUGUGGUGGGAUUUAUGCUUCCAACACCAAAUUCUUUGAUCAUUGCAUUCGCCAACUGCCACUUGAUUCACAACAAUUCCAGUGUUCUCUUUGCUCAAGAAGGUAUGCAAAUGAAAGAUUGCUACGGGACCACGUGCGACACCACAUCAAUCUCUAUAAGUGUGGAGAGUGUGAUAUGUCAUGCCCCAACAAGUCGGCACUUGCAGCACAUACCCGGUAUCGCCAUGCUAAAGAAAAGCCCUUUAAGUGCACUCAGUGUGGUCGUGGCUUUACGCUUAUUGCGGAUUUGACUCGCCAUCUUACUGUUCAUUCCGAAGAGCCAGCCUAUGUUUGCCCCUACAACGAAUGUGAUUAUAAAUGCCGCUCAUCAACUACUCUGAAUAGGCACAUUAAAAUGGUUCAUAAUGGAUUAAGAAAAGAUCACUAUGCAUGUCACAUGUGCAACUUGAAGUUCAAAAUGGGAGAGUUGCUGACAAAGCACCUGAUUAAAGAGCAUGGUUUUCUCUCCCCUGCAGCACAUACUCGGUUCAGAUACAAGCAGGAUGAUGAUGGCUUUUAUAGACUUCAAACUGUUCGUUAUGAGACCAUUGAACAAACGCAAGAAAUGCUAAAUGAGGAAGGUGAAGAUAAUUUGCAAGAGAAAGAAGAGGAGCCUCCCCAUCCAUUGCCACCGCCACAAAAUAGCAAAAGUAGUUGGCAUCCACACAAGAGUGCAAGGCGGGAAUCCACAUGUGAUGAGGAGUGGGAAAAGCAAGAUUUAAACCAAUUGUUGAAGCUGAAGACUCAAAAAAGUGUUAAAACGGUUGAAUAUCAAGAAAUUAUUCUCCCCUCAGAGUUUUAACAAAUAAUUAUGUGCACACUGGGUAUCUAAAUGUCUAAUGUGUGCAUUUUAAGUGCACUUGUGAAUUAUUAAAACUACUAACAGCCAGAUAAAUUAAGCUGAAGUUUAAUUUGAACUGGUCGACAGACCUACUCCAUUAAUGUUUCUGUUUCGUAGUAGCUACCUCAAAAUUAUUAAAUUUUUUAAAGGUGACAAAUUUGAUUUGUUUUUUGAGGUAGGCCCUAAUCAAAUAAACUGUACAAUUCU